AUGGCUUUGGCGGCAUCGGUUGCUGUUGGCUUGCUAAUAUUUGGCAAGGAGACCCGCUUGCUCGACCCUGGUCGCGCAGACACAUCGCCCUCAUCACCGCCUAACGAACGACUAGGAUGUCCAGAGCGAAACGGGUCUGAUCCAGCCGACUCCAGAUCUUGUGGACGCAACUUAGCUCGGCCGCUGGUCUACCUCUUCACUGAGCCGAUCGUCGCCAUCUUCUCGGUAUGGAUUGGCUUCACUUUCGGAGUGUGCUAUCUUGUGAUCGAGAGCGCCUACGUCAUUUUCAAGGCUCAGCCAACACCCGUCCAUGGCUCUGAGGCCACCAUGGAAUACGGCUGGACUGACUUACAGACAAGCGGUGCGCUAUUGGCUUACGUUGCCGGCGCAUUGCUAGGCUUUCUCACAAGUCUGCUUCAAGAAAAGGUAUAUCAAGGAGUCGUGCGGCGAUGCGAAGGGCGACCAACUCCUCCUGAAGCACGUCUGGGCUGGUCAUUGGUCGGCGGCGUGACCUUUGCUGCGGCAUGCUUCUGGUACGCCUUCGCAGCACGACCCAACGUGCACCCGGCCGCCGCCAUUGUGGCCCUGGCUUUCAUAGUCGCCGGCGUGUUCCCAAUACACUGCGCAAGCUUUGCUUAUCUGGCAGACAUCUACGAGGAGUUUGCGGCUUCUGCACUUGCUGGCCAGACCUUUGUGAGGACUGUGGCCGCAGGUUGCUUCCCUCUCUUUGCAGAUUACAUGUAUCGCGCCUUGACGCCGCCAACUGCUUCUGCAGUCUUGGGCGCUGUUGCUGCGCUCCAGUGCGCGAUUCCGCUCAUCCUGAUGCGAUAUGGGCCGGCACUGCGCGCGAGAUCAAGACGCGCUUGA